UUAUUCUGCUGCAGACACAUCAUGGGACGGUUUGUGCUCGAGUCGGGUCUGGCGGUUUGUUUGCUGAUAACAUUAGUGAGCAGCCAAAAUGAAAGCACCUCCUUUGCCACGCCUGGUACGGUAGUGGACACGGGCGUCGACCGAUUGCAGCGUAGUUCGCAAACGUUUGCGCUACAAUUUUACCAGUACGUCACCGAGCUGGUCGAUUACAAUCCAAACAUAACGACGACCAACAUCAUCGUGUCGCCGUUUUCGGUCUGGAACCUUCUGACCUUGAUAACGGAGGGCGCAUCCGGGCGGACACUGGACGAGCUGCUGGUCACGCUGGAUGUGCAGCAGCAGGACCAGAUACGCAACUUUUACAAACCAUUCGUGCAAAGCUUGAGCCUUCUCGAUCAGGAUGUGCAGCUCGCAUCGGCCCAGUACGUCAUUACGGACGAAAAUCGUCCCGUGUCGAAAGAUUUCGAAACGAAUUUGGACAAUUUCUACAACCCAAGCGUACUGCAGCCGAUGAACUUUGCCGAUCGUAAUGAAACGUACCAUCGGGUGAAUCGGCUCGUGUACGACGCAACCAAAGGGCUCAUACCGAAAGCGAUCGAAAUGAGCGAUCUGGAGGAAGCGCGUUUAAUUAUGCUGUCGGUUCUUUUCUUCCAGGGACAGUGGACGAUUCCCUUCAAUCGAUCGUUCACGACGAAGGUUCCGUUCUACGAUGAGAACGAUCAACCGAUCGGUAUGGUGGAGAUGAUGUUCCAGCGAGGUAUUUUCCCGUUCGCCGGCUACAAGGAGCUCGAUGCCCAAAUUCUUGAGCUUCCGUACGGUGCCAAUCGACUGUUGAGUAUGUUGCUGAUAAUGCCCCGGAAAGGUGUCCCGCUCGUUGAGGUUAUCCGCAAGCUGAGCGGAUACGGUGUUGAUCGUGUGUUUGAGGAGCUUGACCGCAGUUUGGUGGACUUUGACGACGAUGAGGUGGAGGUACAUUUGCCAAAGUUUGAGUUCAGUUCCGAUUACAAUUUAAUACCCAUCCUCAACCAGAUGGGCAUCCGGGAAGCGUUCGAUUCUGGGUCGGCCAACUUUGGUAAAAUCUCGGACCUCAAUGCAAUCUACAUUAGCAGCGUCAUACAGCAAACCAAAAUCGUUGUCAACGAGGAGGGCACAAUGACGGCCGCCGUCACUACCGGUGUCUUUGCAAACAAGGCCACACCGCCACGCUUCCUCGCAAACCGACCGUUCGGUUUUAUGAUCGUUAAUCGACAGCAAAAAACGAUCCUGUUUGCCGGCCAGGUUAAGCGACCUAACUUGGUUUAA